CGGAACCACUUCCGGAAGCGCUUCCCCGCAGGCUGCGAGUUCUAGACCUCGGCUUGCAGCCGGAAGAGGCGGUGCGGCCGGGACCUGCGCGCUCCCGCCUUCUGCUGCAUCAGACGUUGGCGGGAACCUGACAGGUUGGCGGGAGCUCGCUCGCGGUGGCGGUGGCGAUGGCGUCGCGUCGCGGGGCGCUCAUCGUGCUGGAGGGCGUGGACCGUGCCGGCAAGACCACGCAGGGCCUGAGGCUGGUGACCGCGCUGUGCGCCUCGGGCCACAAAGCCGAGCUGCUGCGUUUCCCCGAAAGAUCGACAGAAAUCGGCAAGCUCCUGAGUUCCUACUUAGAGAAGAAAACAGAACUGGAGGACCACUCGGUGCACCUGCUUUUCUCUGCAAACCGCUGGGAACAAGUGCCAUUGAUUAAGGCAAAGUUGAACCAGGGUGUGACCCUUGUUUUGGAUAGAUACGCCUUUUCUGGGGUUGCCUUCACGGGUGCCAAGGAGAAUUUUUCCCUGGAUUGGUGCAAACAACCAGAUGUGGGCCUUCCCAAGCCUGACCUGAUCCUGUUCCUUCAGUUACAAUUGCUGGACGCCGCUGCGCGGGGAGAGUUUGGUCUCGAGCGCUACGAGACUGGGACUUUCCAGGAGCAGGUUCUGCUGUGUUUCCAGCAGCUCAUGAAGGAUAAAAACCUGAACUGGAAGGUGAUUGAUGCUUCCAAAAGCAUUGACGAUGUCCAUGAAGAAAUCCGGGUACUCUCUGAGGACACCAUCCGCAGUGCUGCACAGAGUCCACUGGAGGAGCUAUGGAAAUAAACCACGGCUUCCAUUGCAGAUACCAUUCUUGGGGCCUUGGGAGGCAGGUAGAAGGCUCACAGCAACACUGUUCCGCAGGAGCUAAUUCUUAGCAGAAGAGACUCCAAGCCUCCGCUCACAACCUGAGAUUUUGGCGAUAGAGGGACAAGUCCUGCAAUAUCUUCUUCUGCCCACUCCUUGAUGCUAAAGGUGUUAACAUGUUAUGGUAUUUCCAUACUGAACUUUAGUGGCAACUCUGGGCAGUUUCCUGAGAUCACUAAAAACAUAAUUAGUUGGGAGACUUAUUUUAACAGAAACUAAUAAAAAUUUACUUGGAAAUGGACCUAA